CACUUCCUGGUCUGGAACCAAUAGCGGUACAAGCAGACUGUCACGUGUGGUCACGUGUGACUUUGAUCUUUGACGUUCGGUGUGUCGGAUCUGAGCAGAGGCAGCAUAGAAGGGUGCACUAUGGGCCGUCUGGAUGGGAAAGUGAUUGUGUUGUCAGCUGCCGCGCAGGGGAUUGGACGUGCUGCAGCAAUAGCAUUUGCAAAGGAGGGAGCUAAAGUCACAGCAACAGACAUCAAUGGAGAGAAGCUAAAGGAGCUGGACGGCAUUCAAGGAAUCAAGACCAAGGUUGUGGAUGUAACUAAGAAGGAUCAAGUCGAAGCCCUGGCCAAGGAACAUGACCAUGUAGAUGUGCUGUUCAAUGUUGCUGGGUUUGUGCACCAUGGCUCCAUCUUGGACUGUGAAGAGGCCGACUGGGACUUCACAAUGAAUGUGAACGUCCGGAGCAUGUACCUCAUGUGCAAGGCUUUCCUGCCUAAGAUGUUAGCAAAGAAGUCAGGAAACAUCAUUAACAUGGCAUCUGUUGCAUCAAGCAUAAAAGGUGUUGUGAACCGGUGUGUCUAUAGUACCUCCAAGGCUGCAGUGAUCGGGUUUACCAAAUCUAUAGCAGCCGAUUUCAUUGACCAAGGCAUUCGCUGUAAUUGUGUUUGUCCUGGUACUGUUGAUACUCCAUCACUGAGAGGAAGGAUCCAGGCCCAACCUGACCCAGAACAGGCUUAUAAGGAUUUCAUGGCAAGACAGAAAACUGGCAGAAUGUGCACAGCCGAAGAGGUGGCGUACCUGUGCGUAUAUCUGGCCUCAGAUGAGUCGGCCUAUGUGACUGGAACAGAGCAAAUCAUCGAUGGAGGAUGGAGACUAUGAGAAAACUGUAGCAAGCUCAUCAUGACAGUAGUUGGGGCAGUUGCAUUUGUUUUUAAUUUAACCCCAAAUAAAGUGCGCAAAAUGUUCAUAUUUUGAUUUUGCAUGUUAUGUUUACUGAUUCUGUGGGAGACAUUUCCUGUUUUCCAACUCAAAUCUAUGCUGCAAAUGUAUGCAAUGCCACAAUAUGCGGACUGACAUUGUAAUAAAUAAUACCACAGUACCACAAAAUAUCACAGUUACAGUAUACUGGUGUUAUUCCCUAAUAAUAAAUACAUCCCUUGUUAAAUAUUUUACAAAGCAAUAUGUCAAUUUGUUAAUGUGAUUAAUAUAAUAUCUAUUAAAACGUCUUCACCAAUA